AUGCGGCACGCUAAAAGCAAAUUGACUAGGGAAGAAAUACUAAAAAAAAAGAGAGAAGCCGAAAAGGCUCGCUUAGCCAGAAUUAAAAGCGACCCCAUUAAAUUAGCGGAAUACAAAGAAAAACAAAAGCUUCAGUACUUAAAGAAAAAAGAGAAAGGACAAAGAAAAAAUGUUGAAGAAAUGACACCACGAGAGCAACGAAUAACUAGAAAAAAAUGGAAAAAUUAUUCAUCAAACUACAGGCAAAGAAAACGGCAAUUGAAACAAACCACUAAUAAUUUUAUACGCCAGAAUAGUCCUCCACUAACUGACGACGAAAUACAACCCAUAAUUAAUGAAGAAAUCAGACCUGUUAUGAACGAAGACCAAAGAGCAAAAGAAGCUAAAAAGAGAAGUGAAAGACAGAGAAAAUCUAGAAACAAGGAAAUAAAAAAGAUGAAGGCUAUAGUUUCAAAGCUUAAAACUAAACUAAAUACUCAGCGUCAAAAGUAUAAACGAGUCAAAAAGCAGCUAAAAAAAGUAAUAAAAUCUGUUGAAAAAACGCCAAAGACCAGAAUUGAAGACAUGAGUGAAGAUAUAACUAAAAAGAAAGAAUUAGUGAAGAAGGCCCUUUUUGGGGAAGUUAUUAAAACACAAUUGGAAGAAAACUACACUAAACUAAAGACUCAUGAAGAAAGAAAGAAAUUUAAACAAGUUAUAUCUGGAAAUUUAGUAGACAAAUACAAACUAUGGAGAAUAAAAAACAAAGCAGUCACCUACAAAAAAACUGGACAUAAUCUGACAAAUAAAAAAAUAAAUAAAAGCAAAACUAUAAUACAAGGAUUAGUGCAGAAAUUUUUCGAAGAUGAUUCUAACAGCCGUCAAGCUGCAGGAAAGAAAGAAUUUACUCUGAAGAUGAUGUACCACUAUCUACAUAUGUUAAAGACAAUGAUGAUCGCUCUAAAUUGGAUAGAGAUCUAUCGGCACCAGGAACUAGCGGUUAUUCGCACCAUCAAAGUCGUUAUAGUAGUGGUGAUUAUGUUUUGGUCAAAUAUAUCACAAAGAAAACAGAAUAUCAUUAUGCAGCGGUCUGCUCUUCGGUUGAUGAUGAAGACGGUGAACGCGAGUGACGCGGGCGCAUUAUGCGCGGGGUCACGUGACGACCCAUGGCGUCAGACGCGCGCCCCAGCGAGCCCGCAGAUGGCGCCAGGAGGCGACGAGAGUACUCCAGGUGACAAUGAAUCUGAAUAUCCUUCUCUUAGACAGUCCCCGUACGUGACGCUGGGCGCGGUGCGGUACGCUGUCCGCCGUGCACCGCCGCCGCGGGCUUGCCCCUGCCGCUGCUGCUCUGAGGAGGCGGUGGCGGCGUGCCUCGGCCGCGCCAAGCCCGAUCGACGCACGCUGGAUCGUAUCCAACGGCGGCUGGGCCGCGGCUCGCGCGACGAGCGGCCCUCGCGCCAGCAGCGCCUGCAGGCCCUCACCGAGCGGCUGCUGCCGCGCCCGCACCCCACGCCGCCCCCACCGCCACCACCGCCACCGCCACACUCAGCGCCGGUGUUGCCACCGGUGCCGCCACCACGCUCCCGACAUCGACACAGCCCACCGCGCGGUGCGUCGGUGGAUCGGUGUGAUGACUUCGACACGGAUAAAAUCACCCUUGUUCGCGUAGAGCCUCGCUCUAUCGUGGGAUCCUAUGCACAAAAAACUAUACCGUAUCGUAGUGCCUCUUUUUCGCAAGGUGAUUUUGCACAAGAUAAAUAUUAUCGGCCCAAUAGAAAUCCAUCAAUUUUUGAUUUCGGUAAACGACCUGCAAAAUCGGUGUCUGAGUGCGCGAGUGUAAAACGUCGCGAUGCCGAAACCGUAAGUCUCACAACCGAUGAAAAUACAACAGAAGGCGGGUCAGUGGCGUCGGUUGACUCCGCAGUAGGUUCUGACGAGGGUUUACUCGCGCACGCGUCGCCUGCACCGAGAUCUCCGCCGCCAGAUGCUCCGCACAAGCAGCUGAGUGCUCGCUCGUUGACGCACCCGCUGCCGCGACGAAUCCCUCCUGUGCGGGAGGAGGGCCCGGUAGAAGCUGGUGGUAGUUUGCCAGCAUUGAUGGCACCGCGUGUCUUACAUGAACUCCGUGAAGAAAGUGAUGGCUCGCAAGCCGACAGUGCACAAGCGCAUAGUGAAGGUACUUCACCGCUAGAACCCCAGCCUUUUGCUUUCCCUCCUCUCCCUGAACCCCCUACAAAUGCUUGUGCUAAUGUAGACUGUGAUUGUACGAAUUUUCCUAAUACGAUAGAAGAGUGUCCGGAAGAAAAUCUUAUACCUGUGCCUGUGUAUGAGUGUAUAGUGAAACAGUGGUCAAAGGAGUUACCGCAGGAGGAGCCACAGCGGUCAGAUGCCGCGUCUGAUGGGUCCUUGGAUCGAGAUAAGGAAGAUGAAACCAUAACUAGUGAACAGGUUGCCCACUUACUGGCUGCGGUGCAGAAUCCUUGCACGCCCGCUCCCAUUGGUGCUAGAGAAAGACGAAGACCUCUUGAUAAAACAAAGAGAAGGAAAGGAAUUUACAUUACUACGCCGAGUGACGAUGGUGGAGAAGAAGAAGGCCCGCCUUCAGUGAACGGGUGCAAACGUGAGAGUAGUGAGGCUUCACUACAAGAUAUGCGUCUAUCAGCUGAAACGCGAACUUCAUCACUACUCGGUGAUAAAUCAGAUGACUCAUGUACUAACGGUCCUCCGAGUCCGUGUGAGGGAGCAGCACCAAUGUGGCCCAGGUCCGAAGAGUUAAAAGCGAGGCGCGCAAGGUUUUACCAACAAAGUUCAGAUGAAAGAGAUGACGACUCAUUCCGAACGAGACGGAAAUAUGGCGACUCACCUUCUGAAGUAGACAGUGACACGUGCUCUAGAGACAGGACAGCGUCGCCAUCUCCAUUCAGUCCAUCUGAUACUUCAGAUGUAGAAGUAAGGCGACAGCAAUUUACCAGAGGACCAUAUGGUAAAAACUUGGAGGCCCCAUGCACUCGGUCAGUCGAAGUGGGCAGGAGAAGUUUGUCUGACGCUACAGUGCCUUGUCGCAAAACUAGUGUCGGGGCCAUGACAUCAACACGGCCCACGGGUAGGGGCCCGACCCACGUCAGAGCUACCUCAUCGCCUUCCAAGUUGGUUGGAGUGAAGCCUGGAGCUGACUUGCUGGCCGAGCUGCUCCGAGGCAGCUCUGAAGCUCUCUCAAACUCGUCCACAUUCGACAACGUGGUAUUGACGCUACAUCAACACAAUGACACACGAACGCAUGUGGUGGUGGAAUUGUAUGAGACUGAGAAGUCGUACGUGGAGGCAUUGGAGAUAUUAGUCAAGAAAUAUCUUCAACCACUUAAGAGUCCGGAGAACGCUGGUCUUCUCGACGCAUUCCUAGUGGACGAGAUCUUCUACCAAGUGCCGGGGAUCCUAAACGUGCACCAGGUCUUUUUGGAACAGCUGAGGCGAAGACUUGAACAAUGGGAUCUACAGCAGAAAGUUGGAGACGUGUUCUUGGAUGUGUUCACAAAACCAACGGUAAUGGACACCUACAUGACCUUCAUCAACAAUCUGAAGAAGGCCAAAGAAACAAUAAAGACAGCAGCAUCGUCACGACCGGCCUUUGCCAAGUUCCUGGAUGCUAUGGCCAGGGACCAUAAAGGAAAGCUGUCCUUGGAUAAUUUGCUCAUAAAACCUGUGCAGAAGUUCCCAAGCUAUAAGCUGUUGAUACAGAGGCUGAUUAAGCAUACAGAUCAGUCGCACCCAGACCACAAACUUCUGCUAGAGGCUCAAAAAGAGAUCCACGAUCUUCUAGAACUGAUCAAUUGUACUGAGAGGGAGAGCUUGGAGUUGGAACAGCAGCAACAAACGCUAAGGGAACUGGAGCAGAUGAUUGAAGGGCUUUCCAACUUAGUGUCCAUGGAUCGGAUGUUCUUAAGACAUGAGAUGGUCACCAUGCCAUCAGCUCAAGGCACGAUCAAGGAUAGAGCACUGUUUCUAUUCAAUGAUACUCUGCUGAUAACAAGUGUUAAAAGGAGGACAGGAACGAUUAAGAAGCCUACACCAACGUACCAAAGUAAUAUAGCAAGUCAGAUGGAAGGAAACAAGUACAAACUGCUAAUGAGGAUAUCGCUGGCCGAUCUCGAGAUUGUUAAAGCCAAGGACGAAAAUCUAAGGCGGAUUAUGCAUGAAGUGGAAACGCUUACAGAGGACGUGAACACACUGACUCAGAUAUCGGAGAAUGUAGCAGCAUUACACACACAGCACGUGCAGCUGGAGGAGAUUGUAAGGGAGAUGCUGCAUUCGCUGAACAGGCAGCUGUCUGAACGACAGAACAGUGACACCCAGCUGUGUUAUAUGGAAAUCAGCUUGAAUACUUCAAAUGGUCCCGAGAACAUCACAAUCAUUUAUCCAAAAGCAGAGAAAAGGAGCAACUGGGAGGAAUUGAUAAAUGAGACUAAACAGAAAUUAUGCGUCUACGGUCAAGAACGCCCGGCCCCAGAAUUUCUAUCGCCAGUUCCAAUUCGCAAGACUCGGGCUGGCCUGCAGUUCACAUGCGCCGCUCCCACCCUUCCUCCUAAGGGACAGUCACCUGAUGUUUGGGUAUGCAACAGUGAUGGCUACGUAGGUCAAGUUUGCGUGCUGACUCUGUCACCUAAGCCGCAGGUGACGUCAUGCAAUGGUGUCUGUAACGCGCGCAUCCUGUGCGUUGCUUGCGUCCCACCUGCGCCUGCGCUUACUCGGCAGCAGACUGUGGAUAUACCAAGCACGAGCUCACUGAACAGCUCCAGUUCAGUCAAGCCUGGUAUCAGCAUAUCCGAUCCUGAUGACAGCUGCAAGAACAUUCGACUGGACAGCUCAUCUUCCAGUGAUGAAGAAGACGAUGGCUCCUCAACCAGCGAGAACCAAGAUGCCCAAUCAGAACGGAGCCAGGAAUCUGCAACCAUUCGUUUGCACAGCAGCCUGACAGCCAGCCUGGGUAACCAUCGCGCCACAUUGACUCCAAACCACAGCAAGAGCUUGAGCACCCCUCACACUGGACAGAGCAUCCAAGUCCAUCCUGUCAUGAAGUCCAGCUCCAACCCAGCUGUAGACAAACAAGCUAUGGGGAUUAACUCUGGUACACUCUCCUCUCCAGCCAGUCGCCAGUCUUCAGAAGACAGUGGCACUACUGCCAAUCAGCCUACGAUGUGGCUCGGUACAGAGGAUGGUUGUAUACACGUAUACAACUGUUUGGACAACAUUAGGAUAAAGAAAAAUAAAGUGAAGCUGCAGCACAAUUCGGGGGUUCAUUCCAUUGUUUACGUGGAGGGAAAAGUAUUUGUUGCACUUGGCAACGGCGAUCUAGUCGUAUACUGCCGGGAUAUUGAUGGUUCGUGGACGGAGCGGUCAACGAUUCCGGUGGGCACGGGCAGCAGCCCCGUAAGCAGCAUGCUGCUGUCCAGCGGCAAGCUGUGGUGCGCCACGCAUGCCUCCAUCAAGAUCAUCAACCCGCAUACACUGCAGGUGGACGAAACAUUCCAAAUAAGUUCAGAGACGAAGCCGAUCAGCCACAUGGCGGUGGCAGGUGGCACGAUAUGGCUGUCACUGCACAAUGCUGCCCAGCUCCGCUGCUACAACUCCAGCAGUCGCGAGCAAUUGGCUGAGAUCAAUAUAACGCCACAAGUUACUAAGAUGUUGCAUGGAUGCGAUGACAUAAUUCGUCAGCACAAAGCGGCGUGUCUCCGUGUGACAGCCCUACUCGCUCACCGUGAUACACUCUGGGUGGGAACUAGUGCGGGUGUGCUACUCACGGCUCCUCUACACAACUCACCCAACCCUAGGACUGGAGCUUUCACUGUUCCUCAUUUGACUGGUAUCACCUAUGGGCAUACUGGCCACGUGAGGUUCCUAACGAUCGUAGAGAACCCCGCCGCUCAAAAGCAGCCAGCGAAACAGACACAGACUUCAUUGAAGACAAAGGCACUAAGUCGCAGGUCGACAAAUGCCGAGAAACUACAGAAACAAGCGGAACCAGCUCAGAGUAAUAAGGAAACCCUCAUCAUAUCUGGUGGAGACGGUUACGAAGACUUUAGGAGUUCCACCAUGACAGAAGACGCAGGCAGAGAAGAUUCGACUAAUCAUCUCCUACUGUGGAGGGUCUGA